CUGAGCCUCAGCCCGAAGUCGCUGCGGUGGGGACCAGACCCGCCCCGCACCGCCCUGCUCCGCGAACCCACUGCGCCUUUUGCCGCCCGCCGCCAGGUCCAGCGGUUCCGCGGCGCUGCCAGGGAGCGAGCCGCUCGUCCUCACCCGGAGUCCCAGAUGGCUUCAGUGACUGAUGGUAAAGCCGGAGUCAAAGAUGCUUCUGACCAGAAUUUUGACUACAUGUUCAAACUGCUCAUCAUCGGCAACAGCAGUGUUGGCAAAACAUCCUUCCUCUUCCGCUAUGCUGAUGACACCUUCACCCCAGCCUUCGUCAGCACCGUGGGUAUUGACUUUAAGGUGAAGACAGUCUACCGCCACGAGAAGCGAGUGAAGCUGCAGAUUUGGGACACGGCUGGGCAGGAGCGGUACCGGACCAUCACCACAGCCUAUUACCGUGGAGCCAUGGGCUUCAUCCUGAUGUAUGACGUCACCAAUGAGGAAUCCUUCAAUGCUGUCCAAGACUGGGCUACUCAGAUCAAGACCUACUCCUGGGACAAUGCGCAGGUCAUCCUGGUGGGGAACAAGUGUGACAUGGAGGAAGAGAGGGUUGUUCCCACCGAGAAGGGCCGGCUCCUCGCAGAGCAGCUUGGGUUUGACUUCUUUGAAGCCAGCGCCAAGGAGAACAUCAGCGUGAGGCAGGCCUUCGAGAGUCUGGUGGAUGCCAUUUGUGACAAGAUGUCUGAUACGCUGGACACAGACCCCUCCUUGCUGGGCACCUCCAAGAACACCCGUCUCUCGGACACCCCACCACUGCUGCAGCAGGGCUGCUCAUGCUAGGCAAGGCCCACUGUCCUGGUCUCCCUUCAUUGUGGCACCACACCCACUCUGCUUCCCCGUUAUAAUCUGUCUCCCCUCAGCUGAUUUGCUGCUGUUCCUUGCCUGCAGUGAAGGUGGAAGCAUGCCCCUGGGGUUCUCUAUGGAUGGCCCCACUCACAGACACUCAGCACUAGACUAACUAGGUCACAGUGUGGGCAGAGGUUCGUUUUACAAAAGGAGAAUCCACUUUAUGAAGGGGAUUCACUACAGGGACUUGGAAAAGCGAGUGUCUUUUCUGCCUUUAAAAUAAGAUUUCCUCCCUUGACCAAAAUUUGACACACCCACGCACACUUUUCAGGGCCUGGCCAACUGUGUAAAGUGAGACACACCUGCAUAGCUAAUCCUUUUGAAAAAGACCUCUCCAUACACAACCUGCUUGUUUCAUAUCAGGCUCCCUGUGGGGCUUCCUCUCACUGCUAGAUAAGCCUUGUUUCUCAAAGCCCUCGCCUGUUACCACGGAUGCCCACAGGGCCUGGGCAGUUGCUGUGGUGACAGGCCAAAGCUAAUCUCCAGAGAGCUCAGCCUCUCUAAAUGAUGCUGAAGGAGCAAAGGCUGAGUCAGAAACACACUUAAAUGAAAAAGAUUAUCCCCUGCAAAAUGUCAAAGGUUCCUGCUAUAUGAAAGAACAAGUGCAUGAGCUCAAGAAAGACAAAGAGAGAAAAAGAGAAACACAGGCAAGAUAAAGAAACAGGUCACGAAUUUCUGAUUUUGCUGCUUUCCAGCAGGUUCUUAACUGUGGAACUCCAUGACAUUGGUCAUUGGUUCUUAGACUCCCAGAAUCUGAAAAAUUUAUAGUUGGUGGAAUCCCAAAUUUUACCAAGUCUCACUAGUCAAUUCCAAUCUUCAUGUCUCUGACAAUUGGCUGUCAAGCCUCACAGCCAAAUCUCUUCUAAAGCAUACCUUCUAGUCAGGGAUGGGAGCUCGGUCUCCACACCAUCUUUGGGCAUCUCUCAUAAUCAGAAAGUUUUCCUUGCUUUAAGCUGAAAUCUGCCUCCUGGAAAUUCUUCUUCCUCUUCCCACUCCAUUUGUACCAGCUCUGCUGUCAGAGGCUUCACAGUCUCUGCUCCCUCUGCCCCGUGACACCCUUAGAUGAUUUGAGAACAGAAAUCAUGACCCCUGGAAUCUGCCCUUUCUCUAAAUCAAAUAGUUCUAAUCCCAUCUGCCAUUCUUCUUAGGGUCUUCUCCCCAUCUUGCCCUUUCCUCCAACCCAUGUUUCAAUCACUCCUGAGUAGUCCAAGUGGGAAAUGUGAUUCAAAGCAGAAUAAAUCUAAGGGGGUAUGACCCUGAAAAAAUUGGGAAAAAUGAACUCAGAGGUUCCAAUCCUAACCUCAUUCUCCUGAGGGUGAAAGCUUAGUUUCUACUGAAGAGCAGAUGUGAAACUACUUCUGGUGGAAACCACUUAAUUAAACACCCAAAGAAAACAAAAAACAAAAAGCGUGCCUCUGACACCAGAAACAAACUGAAUGCAUCAGUUCAUGGUUCUAGCUUGUUUGGACACAGGCACAUAUUUGUUUUUUAACUGAAAUAAUUACGUGGAGCUAGCAAUGAUUCCUGAAAAUCUUUCCUCCCAGCCCUGGCCUGAAUCCCUAGCUUCCCCCUGCACUAACAUGACACUUCAGAAGUCAGUGGGGGAGGAGGGAGAGUCUCUCCCAAGUUUUCUCUCCAUUUUAAAUGCAGCUUAUUGUCCUAGGAAAGUGCAUUAACUAGCAACAGGUCCAAUGACUACAUAAAAGCACCCUUCAGGGUCAGCUCUGUGGAGAUGUUGCCUUCUUUGACACAGUGCAGAGGAUGGCGCUUUGGACUUGGAAUCAGGAGACUCAGACUCUGCCCUUAAAUCAAGUGUGACUCUGGACCAGUUAUUCCCCAUCACUGAGUCUUGAUUUCCCACUUAUAAAAUGAGGGAGACUACGUGGGUAAUCUUUCGGGUCCCUUCUGGCAUGAAUAACUCUGAGACUCUUUUUCUCACCUUCAACAUUUCUGUUGAUCUGCAAAAUAAACACAAGAGAUGAGGACUAUCACGCAAUAUCACUGUAGCUAACACUGUUGUCAUGCUUACUCAAUACUAGGCAUUGUUCCAAGCACUUAACAUGUAUUAACUCAUUUAUCUUUCCAACAUCUUUGUGAGGGAAUCACUAUAAUCAAUCUCAUUUAAAGACAAGGAAAUUAAGGAACAAAGAGGUUCUCUAGCUUGCCUAAGGUCACAUAAUGAGUAAAUGGUAAAGCUGGGGUUCAAAGCCAGAAAGUAGGCUCCAAGGUCUGUGCUUUUCACCACAUUCUGUACUACAUUUCUUAUAGUACAGUGAUCCAAAGAAGUUAAGAGACUUGGCCAAGAUCACACAACUAGCAAGUGUUAGAGCCACAGUAGAAUUCAAUCCCAAGGCCAUCAGAUUCCAAGUCUACUGGAGAAAAGACUUAUGUCUCCAAUCUGUUAAUAAAUUUUUCAGCUACUCAGGCUAAUCUGAGGUGAUAGCUGUCUAAUGCUUCUGGGAAGGAGGCUCUGAGGCAACCAGGUCCCCUGGGCCUGAGCAAAAAAAAAUGCCCGUGAGGCAUUUCUGAGGCCUAAGUGCUGGCUUUCCCUGUAUCUGCCUCUGUCAGGCAAUUCUUAUCUAGCUCUCAAGCAGUGCUGCGAGCAGCCUCCCUGCAUCAGCAAUGGGGCAUUUUGGGGGCAUAACUUUAUAAAGUUCUCUGACAAUGGAAGAAUGUGGUCCCUUCCCAGGGCAGUGUUCUGAAUGUGCUUUUUACACUGUAAAGUCCUAUACAGGUCAGGAAUAAUUACUAUUUUUCUGGUCAGUAACACCCAUCUACGCAAGUACUAGGAUUUCAGACCAAGCUCCUCAUGACCCCUGGGUAUGUUAGUACAUAUAUCCAAUAAUCCUUUCUCUCCUACUGAGUAUCCAGGCAAAAAUUGAAUUUUUUACUUAAAAACUGUCAAACUCCUAAUAACUCAGGUGCCAGUUCAAGGGAACAAGCAUCUUCACAACAGAUGGAAUCAACAGUUAAAUGUAAUAGUGACAAACUCUUCUACCGGACAACAAACAGAUCUGCUUGUUAGAUGGCAAUUCCCCAGCCUUGCUCUGUGACCUCAUUUCUGCCGAGUGGAAGGCAGCAGCUUCCAGCUGAUGGCGGUGAAUGUUCAUCGAUCAUGGUAAUAGUGCAAUUAGGUUCAAGCUGCAUAAUAUGCUUUAUGGCAACUUGUCCCAGUUUUCAUCUUGCUUAACACUCCAAAUAAAAGAAGAUUAAAAAAACCUCUUGACCUCUAAAAAGGCAAAAGUAGGCCAAAAGUGCAAUACAGUAUUGUAGCUAUUUAUAGAAUCUGUUUUAAAUGCAUGUGUGUCUGUAAAUACAAAGUGAUUGGUGACUUACUACUGUCUCCUCAGUCUGUAACUUCUAGGAGCAGCAAUGCGGUAGAUUGUACUGAAUGGUCACAGACUCAUUAAAUAUUAGAUCUGGAAGGGAGCUUAGAAAAAAUCUUGUCCAGGCUCCUCUUUGUACAAAAAGGAAGGUUGAGAUCCAGGGAGGGGGAGGAAAUGUUCUAAGGUCACUCUGUGGGUGGAUUAGUGAUGGAGCCAGGACUAGGUCUUGGAUUACCUCUAGGAAGAAAUUCACCUAUUCUGUAUCUACUAUAGGUCUGGCACUAUUAAACACUGGAUAAAUAUAUAUGAAAACAAAUGAUCCCUCCCUGCAGGUACCUAUAGUCUAAGGGAGGUGCUGUUUCUGAAAUAUUAUUAUCCCAAUUUAGCAGGCAAGGAAACAUAGCCUUGAAAAAGUUAACAUGCCUAAGCCAUUCAUUAGUAUCAUUUGAACCCACCUCGAUCUGAC